AUGCCCAUCCUCUUGCCCAGCCUGAAAGGCAGCUUCUUGGCCCAUCCCUUGCACCAGGGGCUUCUCUGCCCUGACCAGCAUCUCUGCAGCCCCACCUUGGUUCCAACUCCCAAAUCACCUAAGAAGCCCAAGAUGCAGACGCCUGGGGACAUUUUCCCCACUGACUGGAGCCCACCACCUGUAGAGUUCCUAAACCCAAAGGUACAGCAGUACCACCAGGUAGGUGCAGAGAGCCCUCAGGGCCCAAGGAGAAUGCCCAAGAAGUUGGAACUGGAACCACUGGACUUGGACACAAAAGAGGGGCUGGCCUCAUUGGAGGAGCUGUUCUGGAACAUGCCAGGCACAAGCCAGCAGACCAUGACCCCAGAACUCACCUCUCGGGGCUCAGAGUGCUAUGUCAACAGCUUAGAUUACUUACUGCAGGAGAAGAGGGAGCAGGCCCUGGAGCAGGAAUGGGAGAAAUUGCUGCUGCAGGACCGUCCUGAUCUUGAUUCCUUGGAUCGAGAGGAAGACGAAGUGCUGCUUACACCUGAGCACAGGAUGCUGGUGGAGAGGUUCUCAGUGUCCCUUCAGGUCAUCCCACCAGUGCAUCCAGGUGAGACUGUGUUUCUGCCCAGGCGUCACCCCCUGCCCUGCUUCCUGGACUCCUCACUCCUAAAGCCACACAGCCAUCUGGAAGAGCUGUUCCUCAGCUCCUCUCCAGCCAAGCAGCUUUCCUUCCUGCGCAGUGGCCUCCUGAGCAACCUCUACCUGCAUACAUCAGAUUCCCUGGUGCCUCUGCUCCAGUGGCUGUUCCAGUUACUAACAUGGCCUCCAGAAACGUCUUCGAGAGCUUUUGGUCUCCUUUGGGAUCUCAGUGUGGAUGGACUCUUCCGUCAGUCUG